GUAUCUGCUGAGAACCCGAACGAAAUGCGGACAAUUCAGUUCCUCGCGAGUCUUUGGCUGUUGCUGCACUUGGCGGCCUGUGUCUUGGGUGGCGCUGUGCCCGUCCAGCCAGUGGACGACGAUGAUGAGGAGGCAAUGCAUCCCCAUCUGCAGGCAAAUCCACGGACGAGUGAGCGUAGCAGCAACGCCGAGAACACACAGGACUAUUGGCUCUCAGCGAGCAAGGAGCACAUUCUGGAGAAGCUCAACUUCGUGCGGAACACAAAGCGUGCAAAGAACAUCAUUCUCUUCCUGGGCGACGGCAUGGGUCUGGCAACUCUGGCGGCUGCCAGGAGCUACUUGGGUGGCGAGGAGAAGAAGCUCUACUUCGAGAAGUUUCCCUUCACUGGCCUCUCCAAAACCUACUGUGUGGACAAAAUUGUGCCCGACUCGGCAUCGACCUCCACAUCCUAUCUGUGCGGCGUGAAGGCCAACUACGGCACGAUUGGAGUCAGCGCGAACGUGAAACGUGGUGACUGCCAGGCCAUGGCCGACAAAUCCAAUCAUGUUUUCUCCGUGGGCAAAUGGGCAAUGGACGCGGGCAAAGCCGCCGGCCUGGUGACCACAACCCGUGUGACCCACGCCUCGCCCUCGGGCGUCUAUGCGCACACUGCCGAUCGGGAGUGGGAGAACAAUGCCGUGCUGGAGGAGGCGUGUGGCGACCUGGCUAAGGAUCUCGACGACAUUGCAGUGCAGCUAAUUCACGGCGAGGUCGGCAGCAAACUGAAGGUGAUGCUUGGCGGCGGCAGACGUAACUUCAUGGAUCUCGAGUUCUACAAGAAUGGCCGACGCACGGACGGACGCAAUCUGGUCGAAGAAUUCGAAGCCAUGUCUGACCGCAACGUCUAUGUGAAGAAUCGCAAGAAGCUGCUCAAGGUGGAUCCCGCGACAACGGACCGCCUGUUGGGUCUGUUCGCCAAGAGCCACCUGCACUACCAUGAGGAGCAGCUGGCCGAUCCAGAGAACACGGAGCCCACGCUGGAGGAGAUGACCCAGAAGGCCAUUGAGGUGCUCCAGACCGAGGAGAACGGCUACUUCCUGUUCGUGGAGGGUGGCAAAAUCGAUAUCAGCCAUCACGAUACGAUGGCCCGCAUCGCCCUGGACGAGACCGCCGAACUGUCGAAGGCCGUGAAGCUGGCGCGCAAAAUGACCAGCGAGGAGGACACUCUGAUCGUGGUCACCUCCGAUCACUCGCACACCUUCAGCCUGGGUGGCUACCAGCCGCGCGGCAGCGACAUCUUCGGCAAGGCCGAGUCCUCCGGCACCGACGACAAGCCCUAUCUGGCCCUGAGCUAUGCCAAUGGCAAGAGCUUCGAGACCUACUACGAUGUGAUGGCGCACCAGCGCGUCGAUCCCACGUCCUUGCUGGCGGACAACGCUGAUGUGGCCCAGCUGUUCCCAGCCACCGCACCACUGGAGUCCGAGACGCACGGCGGCGAGGAUGUUGGCGUCUUUGCCUCAGGUCCCUGGGCCCACAUCUUCACCGGCGUCUACGAGCAGAACGCCAUUCCACAUAUGCUGGCCUUUGCCGCAUGCGUGGGCGAUGGCCAGACAGCCUGUGAUUGAUUGACAGCUUCAAUUGAGCAUUGAUUCUAAUUAAAUGUCGCAGUCCUUGGCGGCGAUAGCAAACGA